AUGGCUGGGGCGCGCGGGCUAUUCUGUCUGUGGCUGGGCUGCUUCUGCCUGAACCUGGUUCGGGGAGAAAGGCUGAAGCAGCAUUUCCCGGGGCUCCACAAACCUGUGCCAGGUCACCGCGCGGCAGGUGGCAGCCCGAACCCGGAGCUGCAGCCGAGAGACAAGGUGUCGGAGCACAUGCUGCGACUCUAUGACAGGUACCGCGGCGGCGGCGGCACGAGCCCGCGGGCGCACACGCCGGGCUCCCCCGAGCGAGGCUCGCAGCCCCUGCGCCCCCCGGUCCUGCGCGAAGGCAACACGGUCCGCAGCUUCCGAGCCGGAGCUGCAGGCACCCUGGAAAGUAGGGGACUGCAUAUGUUUAAUCUGACUUCUCUGACUAAGUCUGAGAGCAUUUUGUCAGCCACACUGUAUUUCUAUAUUGGAGAGCUAGUAAACACCAGCCUGAGUUGUCCACGGUCUCAAGGAUGCUCACAUCGUGCUCAGAGGAAACACCAUCAGAUAGAUCUCUCUGCAUGGACCCUCAGAUCCUCCAGAAACCAAAGUCAACUCCUAGGUCAUCUGUCAGUUGACACGGCCAAACCUCAUGGAGAUAUCACCUCCUGGCUUUCUAAAGACAUCACUCAACUCUUAAGGAAGGCCAAGGAAAAUGAGGAGUUCCUCAUAGGAUUUAACAUUACUUCCAAAGGACACCAACUGCCAGAGAGGAUGUUACCUUUUCCGGAGCCUUACAUCUUGGUGUACGCCAACGAUGCUGCCAUUUCUGAGCCAGAAAGUGUGGUCUCAAGCUUACAGGGACACCAGAAUUUGCUUCCUGGAGCUGUGCCCAAACUGGAUAGCCACAUCAGAGCCGCCCUUUCUAUUGAACGGAGGAAGAAGCGCUCUACUGGAGUCCUGCUGCCUCUGCAGAACAACGAGCUUCCAGGGGCUGAAUAUCAGUAUGAGAAGGAUGGGGUCUGGGAGGAGAGAAAGCCUUACAAGGCCCUGCAGACUCAGCCCCCUGAGAAGAGUAAAAACAAAAAGAAACAGAGAAAGGGGUCUCACCAGAAGACCCAGACACUCCAGUUUGAUGAACAGACUCUGAAGAAGGCGAGGAGAAAGCAGUGGAUUGAACCUCGCAAUUGUGCCAGGAGGUACCUUAAAGUCGACUUUGCAGAUAUUGGCUGGAGCGAAUGGAUUAUCUCGCCGAAGUCCUUUGACGCCUAUUACUGCUCUGGAGCGUGCCAGUUCCCCAUGCCAAAGUCUUUGAAGCCAUCCAAUCAUGCCACCAUCCAGAGUAUAGUGAGAGCUGUGGGGGUCGUUCCUGGGAUUCCUGAACCUUGCUGUGUCCCCGAAAAGAUGUCCUCCCUCAGUAUCCUAUUCUUUGAUGAAAAUAAGAAUGUCGUGCUCAAAGUGUACCCUAACAUGACGGUAGAGUCUUGUGCUUGCAGAUAA